UUUAACAUACACUCUCGCGGGGUCUUUUGUGAUCCAAAUCCACAAACGCGCGGUCUCAAAGGAGCUCUCACGAGUGGUGCGCCAAAUCCACAAAACCUCUCGACACAGCGUCUCUCUCGCGGCAUUCAACACACACUCUCGCAGGCUCUUCUAGUCAUCCAAAUCCACAAACGCGCAGUCUCGAAGGAGCUCUCGCGAGUGGUGCACCAAAUCCACAAACCUCUCCGAGGAGCUGUUCGAAAUGUGGUAGUGGUCUUGCACGAGUUCUUCGCCAAAGGGAAAAGUAAAAGAUUUUGUAAAAUGGGACGUACGACAUACAUUUGCUUGUUGAUUCUGCAAUAGAAACAGAAGCUAGCGAUCUUAUUUCCUUGAUUGGAUAUCUGAAGAGGCUGUGGAAGUAAAGCAUGAGUUGAUUGAGCUGCAGAAGCAUAUCUCAGCAAAAGGAACAAUGUCUCCUUUCGACCAUGGGGAGGUUUUUGUCUUAGAUGAUGGUGGUGAGGUUGACCUUGACCUUGGAAACUAUGAACGUUUCUUGGACAUCAAAUUAACCCGUGACAAUAACAUCACCAUUGGAAAAAUAUACCAGUCUGUUAUUGAGAAGGUGAGAAGAGGAGAUUAUCUUGGAAAGACUGUUCAGGUUGUUCCACACAUUACAGAUGCUAUCCAAGAGUGGAUAGAACGUGUUACAAAGAUACCAGUUGAUGGGAAAGAAGGGCCAGCUGAUGUUUGUGUUAUUGAAUUGGGUGGAACUAUAGGGGAUAUUGAGUCCAUGCCUUUUAUUGAAGCACUUGGUCAAUUUUCAUACCGUGUAAUAUAAGGAAAUUACUAUAUCAAAGUCACGGGUGCUGAUUUCUAAUUAUACAAGUUUAAAUACUUUUAAAUAAACAAAAAGAAGAAUAAAGUUUGAAUGAUGAAAGAUGCAGUGGCAGAGAUUGACCCUUAAUUCUGAUUCUGCUAGAGCGCUGGAGAUAGAAGGUGAUCUAUAUCAUGAGGUUGAGGAUAUUGGUCAUCAGGCCUAAUCCUUGUAGUUGGGUUUACCCUUUAAUAGAAUGUGACAUCAAGGUUUAGCUAGGAUUUGUUUUUCUUUAAGUUAUGUUUUAGGACAAUUAUUAUUUUAAUGUAUUAGAUUUCACUUGGUUUUGUUUUGUUAAAAUGUGGUACUCUCUAUGUUGAAUAUUUGAAAUUAAUUUUGAUAAAAUUUUCUAUUCAAUUUUCUUUAUAC